AUUCCCAAUGGUGGUCUAUUCAUUUCAGACGCGUACAGACGCGUACGGAACCUGUUAUAAAUAUAAUCUGAAUGUUUUUCUCACAAAGUUUAGAUUGUACUUUAAAUAAAACUUUUUGGCAAAUUAUACUUUUCAGCGAAUUGAAUAAAAAGUAAAAUACUAAAAAAUGGAGGCAAUUAACAGUCAGGGUCAAAUAAUUGGUGUUCUGCAAGCAGUCGAAAUUGUCCCCGACUUGGAAAUAAAACUCGAACAAGAUGCUUACGAUCAUGUUGCCGAAAAUGGAUUCCUCGAUUACGAUCAUACAAAAAGAAUACCAUCCACUAAUGAUGUAGGUGCUUUGAAUCUAUGGACAAGAGAAGCAACAUCUUGUCUUAUUUCACAAUACAAGAAAUAUCGACAAUCUGUUGGUCAAACGACAAAAAUUCGUAGUUUACGCGAAAUGUUUGAAAUGAUAUCAUUUGAGAUGCAGAAAUAUGGAUUUUAUUUUAGCGCACAAAAAUGUGAGAAUAAAUGGCGUGUUUUAGAACGUAAAUACAAUAAUUUGGUAUUUCGUGAGAGACUAAAGAAACCCGGUAGAAUGAGGCAUUACGGACAUUGGGAACAUAGACGAGCUUUAGAUGAGAUAUUUAAUGAAAAAAAGAGGCACAUGUAUCUUGAUGAAAGUGAUUUUCCACCUCCCAGUGGAUCAGCUAAAAUAGCAAUGUUAGCUAAAGCUGCAGAAGCAGGUAAUACAGGACAAUCAGGAAAAUCGACAAACAGUGUUUCCGAUUCUACCUCAACUGGUCAAAAAACGUCAGAGGAUACAGAAAAUCAAAUAAGUGCUGUAAAAUCAUUAUUGGAACAAUUUCUCGAAGAUAUGAAACAACAAUUCACAAUGAUUGAGAAAAACAAUGAGAGGAGACACAAGGAGGAGAUGAUGAUUCGUCAAACGGAAUUAGAAGUACAGAAAAGAAUUCUUAAAUUAAAGGAACAAAAAUUAGAAUUAAAGAAAUCGCAAAUAGUUGCAGCGGUACAAAAAUUGGGUAUUGACAUAAAACAAUUGCAAUAGUUUUAGUAAUUGUUUUCUUUCAUUUUUUUUUUAUUUUUUUUCCACUUUGGUAAUUUUUAUUUUCUUUGUAUAUGAAACGAUAUAUUCGUUUUGUUGAAUUAUGUACUAAGAAAGUAGUUCUUUUACAAGA